AUUAUUAGCAGCUGUUUACACAUUUCGGCUUCCAAGCUCGAUGAAAAAAUAUAAAAUUUCGAGAAAUGUUUUAAAAGCCAGUGACAAACGUUAAAUAAUAAAAUCAUAAUGGAAGCCAUAUUACCUUUUAAUACUAUAGAUAGGGAAAGAUUUUUAAAAAGUGCUCAGGCAAUCGGUUUUGAUAAAAUGGCUGCGUUCAAACUGACUUAUAUAAUGCAGGAGAGUGAUUUGGAUAUAUUUCCAUUGAUGGGCGAAGAACGUAUUAAUAUAUUGCUUUACGUAUGGGAAUUGUGUAACGAUUAUGAACAGAGAGAAGAUGGAAGGAAGUGGGAACAUCUUCGCAUAGUAAUGCGAAUGGUGGUGCCGUACAGCUUAAAUAUAUGGUUUAGUGAAGAAUGGAAAUGUUGCCGUCAAUCCUUUCGUAUGGCUUUAUUAUACUGCCUUGAAAGAGCUAAAGGCUUGCUGAAAAAAUGUUUUAAAUCAAUUAAAUGGGAGGAAUGGUUGCAAUUGGGUUUAACACCGUAUAAUGUCAACUACUUAAAAGAUUUAAAUAUAUAUAUGAAUAAAGUCCGAGACGGCAGCAAAAUGAAUUCUUUAGAAACUACCGAAGACCCAGCUAAUAUAAAAGAUAUCAACUAUUUCGAGCAGGAGCAAUUGCUUUUAAUUUUAUUACGUCUUAUAAAGUUAUUUGAUAGCAAAUCGAUGGAUGUUGUUAAGACAUUAUCAAUGCGUGUCAUUGCCGCUUGGAAUGCUAAGUUUGGAGACAACCGAGUAAUAGUAAAUCGCGAGGAUAAACGUUCUUUGAUUUUCAUGUGUCACGUAUAUUUGAUGGCUGUUUAUGAAACGGAUGGCGUACGAGGUUAUGUUAUAGACAAUAUGAUUAAUAAUAUACGGUUUUACUAUCAAGGAUUUAAAAUGCAAGUUUCGAAAUCACCGCACGCAAUGGAAAGUGUAGAAUACACACCAGCCCGUUUUAUAGCUUUGACUUGCGUUAAUUUGUCCGUGGAAAAGCGAGAAUUUUUCGAAUCAUUUAUUUGCCAUUCAUAUGACACACAUUUGGUAACUUUGUUUGGUGUUACAUCACAAGCUUAUAAAAGCUACUUACUUGGAAAUAUGCUAAUGGAAUUAAAUUUGAUGAACGAAGAAAACUUUGCUUCCAACUUUCAACUCUACAAGUUUUACAUGAAUAUGUAUGUAGUAGAACGGGAAAAUAGCGAACGUUUUCUUUUGGAAGAGCUGCGUAAAAAGGAAGCACAACAUUAUGCUCAUAAUGUUAUGCAAACUAUACGAUAUAUGACCGAUUUUAAAAGUAAAAUAUGUAAAGGAAAUCGCAUGAGUAAUAUUGGCAGCUAUGAGAAUGCUGACGACCGAGAAGAAAGCAUUGCUGAUGAUCGCUACGAAAAUGGGUGUAACGCAGAUAAUGGAAAAAGUGAUAGAAAGCUAGAUACCGUAUUUCAAAACAUACCAAACAGCGAGAAUGUCUUGUAUUACGUUUAUGAACUAUUGGCGCUGCGAUCGUACAAAGGUUGGCAUUUCGCCAAAAUUAUAAUACUGUUGAAAAUCAUUGGCCACGAACUGAAUGCUAUUGAAACAUGGCGCUAUCAUCCAGGCCUUACCACAAAUUUUAUGUUGAACCUGGAAAUAAAACUUUCGAGGCAUUAUGAAGACCUGGCAAAGGUGUUCGAAGAACAUCCGUUUCUUGAGCAAGAAUUUUGGCUUACAGCUUUCUAUUUGAAUCCUACUAAUAGACUCCACGAUCAUGUCAUUCGUUGUGGUAUGCGUUUUAAUAAGCGUCGCUUUGAGGAACACCAAAAAUCCCCUGUGUCACUGGGUGCUGAAAAGAUCCCUGUUCUCAAUGCUAAAUAUGGUUUAUUAAGUUCAACAAUUGAUGUAAAAGAAAUUGCUGACGUAACUAAUAACGAGGCACUUGCUUGCGAUUAUAAGCCAUUGUUUCAAUCAUUGCAUUCGCUACGAUUACCGGAGAGUGUGGUAAAAGAUAUAUUGACGGUAAUAUUUUUACCACGCAACAAAAAUUUCGCUUGGGCUGUUAACUGGGUAGAGUUACGAAAACGAUGCAAAUUGAUAUUGAAAAAUUCUUUAGAAAAGCGACGAUUUAUUGAACUCAAUAUGGCGGAAGCGAAUGACCGUUUGAAAUUUUUACAUGUCGAUUAUGAAAAAUAUAAAAACAGACCCCAACUCGAUUACGGCACCAUAGAAGAGGGUUAUGAAAAUCAUAUUUAUUCGGGUGAAUAUAUUGACAAUGAAAGCGAUGCUGUGGACGAUGAAGAGGAGGAAGAGGAAGAAGGCGAGGAUUUUGAGGAUGAUGAAGAUAACUAUACGACACCUGGUAGAGAGCUCCAGAAACAAAAAAAUAUGAUUGAAGAAAAUAUCCUCCAAAAUGAUGCUGAAUUCCAGGCAUUUGGUAAACGUCGAACUAGAGCCCGCACAGCUGCUGCCGUAGCCAACGCAAUUCUGAGUAACGUUAAGAAGUCUUGUUAUAGUACGCCUGGCCAAAAAUCCCCGGAGCCAAACGUUUCUACCUCUCUCGCGGGUCGCGAUCAAGAAAAAAGCGCAGGUACUGCCGUACUUAAAAGAGACCUUCAUGAUUGGCUGAAAGUACGUCCCAAAUAUAUAAACUCUACGCAAGGCUUCAAAGCACUUGCUGAUGUUUGGAAUGUAAAAAAUUGUGAAUUGAAAGCAAUCGACAAAGGUUCAAGUCUUCUGAAGUCUUUGGAAGUUUCACAGCGUUUCCAGCAAUUGAAGACUUUGCAAGGAGUCAUUAAAAUGGGACAAAAAGAAGAAGAACAUAAGAACGAUAAACACGCAUCUCCGCUGCAUGAUUGUGCUACUGGAACUGUUGAAAAUACUUCCGAAUGCAUAGAAGGGGAACUGACUGUUCAAGAAGGUACUGCUGGGGUGAUAAUGGAAAAUAUUAAGUGCGAAAAUAUCAUAACAGAGCAAGAAAUCGUCCAAAUGCCAGAUAUUCUUCAAAAUAAUAUUGCUAUAGUCACUAAUAAAAAUUAUGAGAAUAGUAAAUGCCCUAGCGACAAAAAUAUUGAGUUAUGCGAUUUUGGAAACGCUUAUUCAGCCGUUAUAGAACAAAAGCAGCAAAUCGUCCCUCAUUCUGAGGCACGGGAAUGCGGAGAUCAAUCAGCGAUCAAUAUGAACACUGAACACUCGACGGUUAUUCAAAACGCAAUCCCGUUAACUCCUAAAAGUGAAUAUACGUCGAAACACUUUGCUGAAAUCCCGACGAAAGCAUGUCACAAAAAUUGCGAACUUAUUACUAAAAGUACCUUUGAGCAAUCGCAGCCCGCAGAGCAAUUAGAAGACCUGUGCGAAAGAUCAUUAGACAAAGUGAAAGAUUUUAAAAGCCUUGCGGAACUUAUUUCAGAUGAUAAUGGAUCUGCUUCACAACAAGUAAUUGGUGCAAAUAUGACUGACAAAAGUCGUACUUACGAUUCGGAAAUAUUGGAAGAAAUAGCAACAGUAUGUGAUGAGCCAGUUUCGUACCAUAAUCGGAAAGACGCGCAGGACUUGUUAAAGACUAGACGAUUUUUGGAAUUUCAAAAUGCCUGCUUCAAAAAGCAAUUGAAAGUGCGCUUACGUAAAUUGAAUGUAAACGAUCUCAGUAAUUUGCGUCAGCCCAGAGUACUGCUGAAACGUGUUAGUGUCGACUCACGGGCAGAAAUAUUAAACAAUUCCAAAAAACGAAGACGUAUACAAAAGAUAAUCUGUUUCGAUAGCGAUGAAAGUUCUGGCAGUAAUUCUCUCGGUACCAACUCUAAAGUUUAUCAUAAACGUCGACGGUUGCCAUCUGAUUCCUCAGAUUACAGCCUCUCGGAUGAAUAUAAACCGUACCGACGCAAAGCACAGAAGCGUUUCAAUCGAGAUCGCUUUUCAAAUGCGGCUGCAACUGAUACUCUAUCCCCAUCGCAUAAUGCUUGUCGCCAUGCAAAUUUGGUCGUUACACCACGCUCUGCUAGUGGCCUAAAAUUACGCAUUUCAAAUGUUGAACAAGCAACACACAGCCGAACAGAACCAACUGUUAUUGAUAUUAUACAGUUAUCGUCAUCGUCCAGUGAUGUAGAUGUAGAUGGCCAUCGUCCGGCGAGUCCGAUUUCUGAAUUUAUUUGUCCCGAUCCUUUAUACGAGGAAGAAAUCAUUAUUUAAUUGCUGCGUUCAAAAAUACAUGAUUGUAUUUAAUCUCAGCAAGAAAAUUUAUUUAUAUUUCUCCACGUGGAGUAGCAGCUUUUCAGCGGUUUCUAUUACUAUUUUGAUGGAAUCUGCGUACUUGAAUUCGACCUAUAAAGUAAUUACGGAAUAUUUAAUUCUUCAAGUACACGAAAAUUAAAGAAGUUUUCGAAUCCAUUUGUCUCGUUAUUAUCAGAGAAAAUUUGGUC